UCCCAUCUUUCCAUCCCACCCUACAACACACAUUUUCUCUCUCCUAAAAAAAAAGAAACAUACUAGUAUCUUGUUAGCAAAAUCUAACACUAGAAAAUCAUGUUGCGUACAUUGUCAGCUCUAAGGCAACACAUUAUAACAAAAAGGAAGAGCCCUAAGGUUGCAGAUGAGACCAUGUUUAGCAACAUGAAUGCUGAUGGUGCCGGCAUGCCAUUGCCUGUAUACGCUAAUGACAUGAACCGAACCGCUCGGCCACACCACACUCGAAACGGGCUGGCUGUGAUUUCGACUAUUGUUCGUAUACCGUUUUCCAUCCUUUCUUGCUUCUCCCAACACCAUGGCAACGCCGCUGAUGCCAUGUGGGUCACCGGAGAAACCUUUCGGACUUCUUCGGAGAUUGAUCAUCUUAUGAUCAGUGACAGUAUGCGUUAUGCAAUUUUGAUGUAGAAACCACAUCUUUUUUUAGUUAAUUGAUCUAUUCUAGGGGAGAUGGUGGCGGAUCUUGAAUAGUUUUACCUGGUACCCUACUCAUCGAGUGAGGGUUUCCAAGAGAAAAAAAAUAAAAAAAUCAUACAAAAGUAGAUGUAAGAACUAUAUGAACUAGCGUUGGUUGUAUAUAGUCUCUGUAAAUUCUAGCUCAUAAAUCAUAAUCUUGGAAUAUAAGGGAUUGUUUUUUUCUUUUGUUC